AUGACGCUUCGGAUUGAAGAUAUGGAGUUUAUGCGUGUGCAGCAGGAGUAUUGGCGUCAAGUGAAUGAAUCCGAUGGUUUCGAUCUGGAGAAGGUCACAGUGACAGCACCACCGCAAGGUACAGUAUUAUCUGGGCUGUUGCAGUGUGACUGUGAAGGCGAGGGUGUUAUUAGGGAUCCUGUACCUCUUUUGGUCACGCGUUAUGCCAGAUUGGGGCUUCAUCGUUACAACAUGUCCAAGGGGACAAAUUAUGUGCUUCACCACCUAAAGAAAUACAACAAGUCAAUGAGCCUCGUGGCCUCUUAUUACGUAACUCUGGUUGCUUGCGAUCCAGCUACCCCCACUUCGCUGGUAACGUUUCAGGUUGGGGUUAGUGAAGAAGCUUAUGGCAGAUUGUAUGUCAGGUGCUUCAUUGCUAGGCGUCAAGGUGACCCCAAGGAGCCCUCGGAACCUCUGGAUGUUGGAGGACCGGUGGAUGGUGGAGUAUUACCUGUUUGGCCGUCAGAUUUCAGUGACACGAAACAAUUUCGCCUGCUCAAGGAAUCAGACUUGCAAUGCAGUGACUGGAUUCGUCUAAUAUUGGAACUUGCACUUUGCGCAACUGAUAGCUGGCUUUCGGAUAGCCUUCUGUCCAAGCUGCAGAUUCUGAAAGUGGCGAUAGAAGCUGUUGGUGAAGACGUGGAGCCGCUCAGAGCCAAGACUCGAACUUUCUACAUAACAUUUAAGGGCUUGGCCAGAGCUCGGUUUGGUGAGCUUGGUGAGGAUGUGGAACGCAGAGUUAUCAUUAAAAUGGAUGAGGGUAGUGGAUGCUUGACUGUCAUUGGUGGGUUUGGGUUUGCCAUUGGAGAAAAAGUUGAGAAGCGUCUUCUGGGUAACCCGAGAGGUGAAUGGCGGUUUGGAGAUCCACUUCCUUGA